AAACAAUAAGCAUUAUAUACACUCACCAAAACCCUAACGCUAGUCUCUAUUAUUUCUUGCCAACCGCCAGAUCCAAGAGGAUAGAAAACCAGCAGUUCAGAAACCAAAGAGCAAUCUUUUGACAAAUCCGCCAUGGGUAAGGUUCACGGAUCUCUAGCUCGUGCCGGUAAGGUGAGAGGCCAAACACCUAAAGUGGCGAAGCAAGACAAGAAGAAGAAGCCCCGUGGCCGCGCUUACAAGAGGAUGCAAUACAACCGCCGUUUCGUCACCGCAGUGGUGGGAUUUGGCAAAAAGAGGGGACCUAACUCAUCUGAGAAGUAAGAGAGAUGCAGUUGAAGAAGGCAAGAAGUCUUGUUUGAAGCUUUAAUGGAUUAAGUCUGUUUUUCCUCUCUUUUGUAAUGUUCUGUGAUACUUGUUUUUAUCCACCGUUAUCAAGGAUCCAGUUGAACAUCAAUUUUGUUAGCUAAA